AUGGCCGCCGAAGCGGACAUAUUCACCCUUCUCCCUCUCCACCUCGACCCCACUACCAAAGCCGUCAGCAGCAGUAGCAGCAGCACCUCCGCGGCUCUCACCACCGAGCUCACAGCCCUAAACCUCCUCCACCGCUCCCUCCUCUCCCUCGACACCCCCAACGGUGUCCCCCCACCCCCGGUCCCCGUAAACCCCAAGCGCUCCGCCCAAAUCGGCAAGCUGCGCGAAACAGGCAACGCAUCCUUCCGCAAAGGCGCGCACGGCGACGCGAUCCGCAUGUAUAGCCUCGGCAUCGACAUGGCGCUGGGGCGGCCUGGCUGGGAGCCGAGCGGGUUGGUGCGGGAGGAGGUUAGUGGGCUGUAUGCGAACCGCGCGCAGGCGCAUAUGGCGUUGCAGCACUGGGCGGAGGGUGCGGUGGAUGCGGAGUCCAGUGUUGAGAUGAAGAGGGUGGGAAAUGCGAAGGGGUGGUGGAGGAGGGGCAGGUGUCUGUUUGAGAUGGGGAGGUUGGAGGAGGCGAGGGAGUGGGUCGGGCAGGCGUUGGAGUUUGAAGCCGGGGAGCAGGAUCUUGUGGGAUUGAUGAGGGAGGUUGAGGCUGCAGUAGAGAGGAGGGCGCGGCAGUAG